AUGGAGGACCAGCUGCGCCAGGUGUGUCUGCGCGAAUGUUUGUGUUUCCGGUCACAACAGGUGGUCUGGGUUAUGAUUGGCGGAAUUAAGGCAAACAAGCCCGAAACAGGUCUGUAUCAAUCUACCCCUCAGAUUCUGUCGUCUUCCCCAUGCUAUCAUAGCUUGGCCGGCUUCCGCCUGGUAGUUGGUUGCCUUUUCGUGACCCCUAUCAUCUAUACGAAGUCUGUUUUCUUCGUGAAGCCAACUAGUCGGUGUGCACCCAUGGGGGUGUAGGGGUGUCCAGUUGUGGGUUCACUUGAUGGUCGUAGUGGUCACUUAGUUGCCCGCAGGUGAGACUACGCCUAGCGUCCAUUUGCUGGUACCCAACUCUUACCUGUGGCUCCACGUAGCUGGGCUUUGCUCAGCGGCCACACCCCGGGCAACCGCCUCGACCGGCGGGCUAAACCAGAUGAGGGCGCUGAGCUCUUGUGCCGCGUGCACAGUGUACUGCGGACUCCGCUGAAUGGAUGGUCGGAUGAAACACUGUGUCGGCACCGUCAACUGCUGCCGGGACGGGUCUCCGCACCGCCUUCGAUGAGACGCGCCCACCCUCGUCAACGGAGAACGCGGAAUCACGGCAUAUGCGGUCGUUCUCCACUACAAACAUAAUAGUCGCGGCCCCAGAGUGGGAUUCGAUCGCGCCAACCAGGCACAUGGGCAGCCCUAUUCAGGGGCGGCACUGCCUGCCCCCUCGAGGGGAAGGGCCUAGAAAAGGUGGCCUAAAAAAAUGCUGGGUACCACGCCGUCUCCAGGCUAGCCAGGGCGGCAGACGUCUAAUCAUGGUCAAAACAAUCAAAAUCGAAACAACAACAAUACCAAUAACAAGAACAACCUUACUCAUUCUCCUCAUCCUACCUCUUCUUUCUCUUCCUCUGCCUAUUCUUCUGCCUACUCUUCUCCUUCGCUAUUUUCUUCUCCACCUCCUUCCCGUCGCCCCACUCGUUGUCACCAGACUGGCAGGGUGAGUCCGCUAAAUCUGGCAGCCUGGAAUGUUCGUUCCCUUUAAGACAAUCAGAGGAGCAACCGACAGGAACGGAAGACGGCGCUAGUGGCACGAGAACUGGCGCGCUACAAGGUGGACAUCGCCGCACUCAGCGUGACCCGAUUCUCCGAGUAGGGCCAACUGGAGGAGGUGGGUGCCGGUUACACCUUCUUCUGGAGUGGUCGACCCAAGGCAGAGCGACGAGACGCGGGAGUCGCCUUCGCCAUCCGGAACGACAUCGUGGGACGACUGCCCUGUUUGCCGCAGGGCAUCAACGAUCGCCUGAUGAGCCUCCGUCUGCCUCUCCGGGGUGGAGGCAAAUUCGCCACCAUCAUCAGCGCCUACGCUCCGCCGAUGAGCAGUCCCGACGCCGCCACAAGAGAUAAAUUCUACGAGGACCUGCACGCCCUCUUGGCGAAUGUGCCGAAGGCGGACAAGUUGAUUGACCUUGGCGACUUCAACGCCCGCGUCGGCACAAACCAUACUGCCUGGAGAGGAGUGCUGGGUCCUCAUGGUCUCCGCGGCUCCAACGACAACGGCCUUUUGCUUCUCCGCACCUGCGCAGAACACCGCCUCAUCCUGACGAACACCUUCUUCUGUCUGCCGGAGCGAGAGAAGGCCACCUGGAGGCAUCCUCGGUCGCGCCAGUGGCACCUGCUGGACUAUGUCCUCGUCCGGAGGCGAGAUCAGCGGGACGUGCUGGUGACGAAGGCGAUCGCGGGUGCUGACGGGUGGAGCGACCAUCGCCUCGUCAUCUCGAAGAUGCAUAUUCGCCUACAGCCUAGCAGGAGACCACAAGGUAAGCUACCCCCAGGUAAGCUGAAUGUUGCCUUGUUGUCUUUGUCCGCUCGCCAACUUCAUUCCAGCAAUGAGCUAGCUCAAAGGCUAGACAACCUUCCUACCGCUGCCGACGGCGCCGCUGCCGAGGACGCCUCCGUGGAGAAACGCCGGUGUCAACUGCGAGACACGGUCCAGUCGACGGCACUCGCCGUCCUCGGUCGCGCUCCCCGCCAACACCAGGACUGGUUCGACGACAACGACGUCGCCAUUAGAAAUCUGCUUGCUGUGAAGAACCGCCUACACAAAGCCUACGCAGAUCACCCCAAUGAGGACAACAAAGCUGCCUCCUACCGCAGUCGCCGCCAACUUCAGCAAAGACUGCGCGAGAUGCAGGACGCCUGGACUGCUCGCAAAGCCAAGGAGAUCCAAGGGCACGCGAACCGCAACGAAUGGAAGAACUUCCUCUCUGCGACCAAAGCUGUCUAGGGUACGCCGACGAAGGGCACUGCCCAUCUCCUCAGCGCCGACUGCAGUACUCUCCUGACUGAGAAGACGCAAAUCCUGCAGCGAUGGGCCGAGCAUUUUCGAGGCGUCCUCAACCGCCCCUCCGUCAUCUCCGACGCCGCCAUCGCCCGCUUGCCGCAAGUGGAGACCAACGCGGACCUCGACCUCCCGCCAUCUCUCCGGGAGACCAUCAGGGCCGUGCAGCAGCUCUCUAGCGGGAAAGCACCCGGAUCGGACGCAAUCCCUGCUGAGGUCUACAAGCACGGAGGUCCCCAAAUGAUGGAUCACCUGACUGCGCUCUUCCAGGAGAUGUGGCGUCAAGGUGAAGUCCCGCAAUAUUUCAUGGACGCAACCAUCGUGCAUCUGUUCAAGCGCAAAGGGAAUCGCCAAGUCUGCGACAAUCACCGAGGCAUCUCCUUGCUGAACAACGCCGGGAAGAUCUUCGCACGAAUCCUCCUCAACCGUCUCAAUAAUCACCUGGAACAGGACCUUCUGCCGGAAAGCCAAUGCGGCUUCCGUCGUCAUCGUGGGACCACGUAUACGAUCUUCGCAGCACGUCAACUUCAGGAGGAGUGUCAGGAGAUGCGGACCCACCUGUACUCUACCUUCGUGGACCUGACGAAAGCCUUCGACACGGUGAACCGUGAAGGACUGUGGAAGAUCAUGCAGAAAUUCGGCUGUCCGGAGCGAUUCACUCAGAUGGUGCGUCAGCUGCACGACGGUAUGAUGGCGCGAGUCACGGACAACGGAGCUGUCUCAGAGGCAUUCGCAGUGACCAACGGAGUGAAGCAGGGCUGCGUACUGACGCCUACCCUCUUCAGUCUUAUGUUCACUGUCAUGCUGAUGGACGCCUACCGCGACGAACGCCCCGGGAUCCGCAUCGCCUACAGGACAGACGGUCACCUGCUGAAUCAACGACGGAUGCACUUCCAAUCGCGCGUAUCCACAACCACCGUUCACGAACUCCUCUUCGCCGACGACUGCGCCCUGAACACCACCUCGGAAGAGGAGAUGCAACGCAGCAUGGACCUGUUCUCCGCCGCCUGCGAGAACUUUGGUCUGGUCAAUAACACGCAGAAGUUGGUGGUGAUGCACCAACCGCCACCCAACUCAGCCACAGCCCUUAACGCGCCGCCGCAAAUCAUCGUGAACGGAACCAAACUGCAAGUGGUGGCAGUACUCUCUCCCGCAACACCAAGAUCGAGGACGAAGUCGCCAACAGGAUCUCGAAAGCCAGUCAAGCCUUCGGUCGCCCCCAAAGCACAGUUUGGAAUCGCCAUGGUCUUCAACUAA